UACUAUGGCUGUCCAGAGAACGAACCCUGCGAUCACUACGGCCUUGACGAGCCGUUGCCCUGCGAAGCGAAUCUUUGGGUACCAAUCGAUAUCGUCCUAGAAGACGCCACUCCAAUGGCACUGGACGACUAUCACGAGUGGACGGACGUCAGACAGGCUUUUAAUAACUUUAGAGGCCUUAUUCGAGAUCGCUGGCUCAAGAAGCCUGUGUUCCAGAGAAGGGCGAACCUGCUACAAGCAAUGCCCUCCCUACCGCCGAAACAUCGACCUGACAUCGAUCAAUGCAUCCUUAAGUGAUGUCCACACCAGCGACGUGUGGCAGGCGCUCAUUGUUGAUCCUCGUUGACGCGCGAGCUAAAAACGCACCAUGCAAGUUUGCCCUGUCGGACCAUGAACUAGGGCCUCUCAUCAAGCUGCAAGCGGAUCUCCUGGAAAGCACCAAAUACACAAUGGGAGUCAUCAACGAUCAAUACAGGAUGAUCAAGGAGUGGGACUCUGGAGAGGCUGCUGCCCAGGCUAUGGCUACUGGAGACGUAGCGCAUCCUGACCAUGGCCUACACAUCCUGGCUUUGCAAGCUGGCAUGUAUCGCUUCCUCAAGGAUUGUAUGCUGGGGAUCAUCUCUGAAAAAUUCGAAGCACUCCUGCGAGGAUCCCUUCAAGCCGACACUACCGGUGAAGUGCUUGUAAUCAUUCCUCAUCAGUGCCCUUACACUGUGGGUUACAGCUCGCUUGAAGCCAUUGUAAGAGAGUCACAAUAUCGCGCACCGACACUCAGAUAUAUCGACCGCCUUGAAGCUCUCGUCUCUGCAUGCAAGAGUGAAGCCGAAGAUCACAUCUGGAUGUUACGAGAAUACCCUAGUUACUUCGCUGAGACCGUCAACGAACAUAAAGAGCAUCGGCCGGAGUUGCUGUCUGGCGUCCGCUGCGGCUGAAUUCAUAAGACUGGUGACCCCGACACCCUCUAGGCGCGGACCUUGAGAGAUGAUGUCGCUAACUGCUACAAUGACCUCAUGGUUU